AUGUGUGAAGACCGCGAGAGAAGAACCACGAAUGCUCCUCUCGACAUGGGGGCAGUAUAUCUCCUGGCUGAGACCCUCACUGACCUCGUAGAAGAGGUCUGCUUCCACAACCGAGACAUCUACGAGGGAAGCAGCUGGAACAGAAAUCAAGAGCCCAAUGAACCUGAAAGAGAACGCAAUUUGUACGCUUACCUGAUCGGAAAUCCUCCGUUCAAUCCAUCACUCCUUCUCUGGAUGAGAGACCACUUCAUCAUUGACCGACUGCGAGCCUUCCCCGCCGACGUAGGGAGGUCCCUUUCCGAGCGUCUGACCACCAUCAAGGAGAAUAUUGAUGAAUGGGAUGCUGAUGAUAUGCCUGCGUCUCGAGCAUAUGCCGGCAGGAUUGAGGACAUGUUGCACGAACAUGUCCUGUUGUUGAGUAACAACCCCAAACUAAUGCCUUAUGUCAAAAAUACCACGCGGACGGAUACACAUUCUACACAUGAAAUGGUUCAGUUGUAUCAAUCGCAGUUCACACACUGUGAACCUGAAGAUGAUUCUUUACCUAAGACACAAACAGUAUCGGCAUAG